AGAAAAAAACAGAAAUUCCUGUUGGGAAAAGAAAAGUACUGGCUAAAAAAUGCACAUUAUCAUGCGCACACGGUUUCAUUGUCGUGUUUACACUCGACCGUGCAUUUUUAGAAAUGCAACGUAAGAACUUCCCUUGUGACUUUGCCCUUUCUUCCCUUAUCCGCAGGUAGAGACACCCCAAAAUUGCCAAAUAUUUACCACAGAAAAUAUAUGUGAAGACAUUGCGGUACUUAUAUGUUCAGAAUGUGGUUCUACCCAGGACACCUACCGUCCAUGCCAAUGACUAUCCGGCGAGCGAUAUCUUGGAGAUUGGGCACUGCAGGGAGUUACAGUUAGAUGUAGUGAGAGGAGAAGCAAUUGGCUGAGGGAAAUAUGAGAAUCAAGGAGUAUUGGGAAGAAAUGUGAGGGGAGUGAGUGUGAGUUCUUGGGGGAAACGUGUAUUUGACUCCAUGUCUAGGGGGCACUGGUUAGUGUGUAACAUUGCUGUGUGUGUUUAGGGGGGUGCAGGGCAGGGAAUAUACCUGGGGAAUCAUUAGUGAGUGUGUUAAUGUGGAAGGAGUGGAAAUAUGUGAGGAGAACAUGAGGGAGAACUAGAAGGGAUGUAUAAAAAUGUGAAGUAAAAUGUGUUUAUGGGCUGUAUAUGGACAAGAGUGAGUAAAAGCCAUUUGUGAGCGGGGUAAUUGUCUGUAAGGGGCAUUAGGCUUUCUUGUUCCUCUAUAAAUGUCUGAGGAAAAGUUGCAUAACCGUGUGAAGCUGAAAACAGGGCGACAAUAGGAGGGAAGGGCGUGGCGAGUUCGACGCGCGGGCAGUGUAAUGGGCGGGAAAGAUUGGGCGAGACUUGUGCCGAGUGAGGGGCGGGGCUUGAUCCGGAAGCGCAGACUGACUGGACUGUCAGGGACUGGAGGCAGCGGGUUCUCAGUUGGGAGCAGGUGGGGAGGGAUUGCCCUGUCCAGGGCCUGGGAGAUGAGGCCGCCCGGGUUCCUAAACUUCUUGUUGUGUCUCUGGGUUUCUGGCUGGUGGAGCUCGGCUGUAUCUGCUGCAGGGCUACUGGAAGUCUCUAUAGGGCGCUUUACAGACCUGAGACUGAAUCACACGACUCCGACUGAGAUCCUGUUGCAAAACAUUCCGGGUAACGUGUCCUUCAUUCUCUUCCACGUGCACACGCUCUACCAGAAUGUGACAGUUUCGGUCAGCAAGAUUCCCACUGUAAAUGAUUCAGAAACAGGCAGCGACGCAGGGUUACUGAAUGUCCUCCGGCCCGUACAAACCAUCUGUACCUGGUACUUGGCAUCCACACAUCUCAACCAGCUGAUGGCAACGGUGGUAACGGUUCCAUAUGGGGAGAAAGAUCCAGUUCCUGGGGCAUGUAACCUGGAGUUCAAUUUAGAUAUUGACCCGAAUGUUUAUCUGCAGUAUAAUCUCUAUGAAACAGUGAUCACUUUUGCACCGGCCAAUCUGGGAUCUGCCAGGGGAAUCAAUGCACCUCCCUGUGAUAUUAAGACAGACCAACAGACAAGAUGGCGAUUGCUAUAUGAUGUUUAUCAGUAUUUCCUGCCAGAGAAUAACCUCAAUGAUACAGUGUUACUCGCUCAUCUGCACAGGAUGUCUAUGGUGCAACCCAUUAUCAGCAAUGGCAUUAAGCUGCUCACCCUGACCUCUGAGCAAAUGACCGAAGUCUCCUUCUCUUCCAUCCCUGGACAAGGAGUUAUAUACAAUGUGAUUGUACGUGAUCCCCUUCUCAACACCUCCGCAGCCUAUGUGCCUGUUCAUACAUAUGCUUGUAACUUCACCAACGUCAUGGACAACUGCUACACGCUGGGAAAAGCCUCAACCAAAGUGUUUUUCACUAUUUGUGCUCUCUUUGGCCUCUUCAUCUGCUUCUUUGGGCAUCAAUUUCUGAAGACAGAAUUCUUUUGCAUGGGAUUCAUCAUUGUUGGCUUCUUGAUGUUUAUCCUCCUCACCAGGGUGACCGUCUUGGGAUACGAUGCCCUCUUGGGACUAACCGCAAUAUCCGGGACCUUCGGAGGCCUCCUCUUUGUGGGAUUCUGGUGGAGAUUUGGCUGUCCUCUUAUCUGUGUGCUGUUUGUGGGGCUGCUUUUAGGGUUCCUGACAGCCUCCAUUAUCUUCUUUACACCGAUUGGCGAUUAUGCUACCUUCCAUGAUGACACCGUUUUUUGGCUCACCUUUACCUGCAUUUCCUUGGUGGUGCCGAUGUUUUUUCUUGCCUCUGCUAAAACUCUGAAUAUACUGACCUGUGCGCUGGUUGGCUCCUACACUCUGGUUUUGGCUGUAGACAGUUUUGUGUUCACAAGCCUCACCUACAUCACCUUGAACAUUGUGAAGAGGGCGGUGAACCAAGCCUUCAGCCGAGCCUACACCAGUGUUCCCUUCCAGACCAACGAUUUUAUCAUGAUUGCAUUAUGGGUAGUCCUGUCUGUUAGCGGAGUCGCCACCCAGCUGUAUCGGGAGCGAGAGAAGGCGCCCUUCCCUCCGACACCGUACUUGUUGUGGAAAAGAGACCGCGAGCGAAAGAAAACCAACGUCUUGGACCCUAGUUACCACCUCCCGCCAUUAAGAGAUAGGGUUCUAAUCCGACUGGCGCAGUUUCGAGAUUUGUUCCGCAGAGAUCAGCCGACUGGUGAAAGGACACCAUUGCUUCUAUAAGCGCAAUAAUGUGGCAUGUGCCACCCCUCGUCGUCCGUUCAUUCGGAGAGUCUCUGCCAUAAAUCACCGGUGCCAAGAAGAAGGAUAUCAUUUUAUAUUAACGUGGUUGAAAUCAGGGAAAGGGCACCACAUGUAACACACUCAAUCCUUAUUAUAUUAUCAAAGCACACAAGGGUCUGGGGAAGAUCACAUGACUACCCCCCGGCAGUGCUAGACUUCUGGACUCCAUUAUGUUCUAGAAGGGGCUGAUGUGAUUUGUUAUUCAUACCUGUGUAUCAGAAUGGAUUGGUUUUUAUAACUCCCCCAGCUGAAUAAAAACAAGGGCUUACCAUUUCUGGGGGAAUCUUGCUUCAAAAGUUUAUGCAGAUAAGAAAUCGAUUCCUAUCUUAUAAACUGCAGUACCACUUCUCACCACUAUCAACAAACUGCCGUUUCCCCAUAGGGCUGCAAAAGACCAGCGCCACAGAAUGACUCGCGCUCCAUAUAAGGGAUUCAUGAGUGAAAACAAAAUAACUUUUCAAUGAAGUGUUUCCCAGAAAGUCCUCUUGGUCCAAACAAAAGUUUUUAUUAAAACACUGGCCAAUUGGCAUGAAGAAAAUAAAUGCCGUUUCCUCAGUGUUUUAUCUGGAAGCUGAUGACACUGGUCUUUUAACUCCAAAAUAGUGAUUUUUGCAAAGGAUGGUAGGUAGUGGUUUUAUUCAGCUGGUUGAUCCCAUUUUCCUAUAAUCAGUGAGUAAAGUUUCAAUAAGGGAUUUAGGCUGAUUGCACACUGGCAUAGCCUCCCUUUACUGCACAGGCCAAAAUAUGCUGCAAGAUGA